AUAUUAAAACUUUUGGCCGGUAAAUUAUUGACAAAAUGAAAAAUUAUGGGACGAUUUUGUAAUUGAGUCUAAAUUUAAGGACCUAAAGGAAUUUGACCUAAUUCAUAUGUACAUUUCCAAAUACAUAAUGCGAGCUAUAGGAAUUUGACAACCCUACUAAAACCUUGUCAUGCAUUUCCUCCACCGCUACCACUCCGCCUACAUCAGCCGCUGCCGCCACCACCAUCACCACCACAUUCGCACUCUGUAUGAUGCUGUAUCCUCCUUGAGAUGUCCGCGGGACCGGGGCCUCGACCACGCGGUGGAGCGUGAGAAGCACCUCAAACCUCUGCUUAAUCUUAAAAACUUCAUCAUUUCCGAGCCAUCAAAAUCAGUCCCACUCUCCCUAAUAACCGAAUCGAAAGAACGCUUAGGAGUCCCAUUUCGUCCCAUUGAGUUUAUUCGGAAAUACCCUUCAAUUUUUGAAGAAUUCCGCCCGGGCUCUCUCAACAUCCAACCCCAUAUUAAACUCACCCCCGAAAUUGUGUCUUUAAACUCCGAGGAAAAUUUGCUCUACCAGAGUGUAGACUAUAAGCAAGACAUUGCGGGCCGCCUGCUGAAGUUGUUGAUGAUAAGUAGAAUAAAUAAAAUUCCGAUCGUUCUGUUGGAAAGGUUGAAAUGGGAACUGGGUUUGCCCCAAGAUUAUGAGAAAGUUAUCAUUCCCGAGUUUCCGGAUUAUUUUCGGGUGAUUAAUGGGAAGAAUUUUGGUGAAAAUAGUAAGGUGCUUGAGUUGGUUUGCUGGAGUGAUGAGUUUGCAGUAUCCGAGAUGGAAAAGAAGCGGCUAAAGGAUGGAAAGAUUCAAUUUCCUUUGCAGUAUUCGAAAGGGUUUGAGAUAGAUAAGAAGUACAAGAAGUGGGUGGGUGAGUGGCAGAAGUUGCCAUAUGUGUCGCCUUAUGAGAAUGCAACGCAUUUGGCCACCAAAACCGAUGAGUCAGAUAAGUGGGCAGUGGCAGUGUUGCAUGAGUUGCUCAGUCUUUUUGUUGGGAAGAAGGCAGAGAGGGACAGCCUUCUUAGUUUGGGAGAGUGUUUUGGGCUGAGGGCGAGGUUUAAGUGUGCAAUUUUGCAACAUCCAGGGAUUUUCUAUGUCUCAAGUAAGAUUGGGACAUAUACUGUGGUUUUGAGGGACGCAUAUAAGAGAGGGAUGUUUAUUGAUAGGCAUCCUUUGAUGAAUAUGAGGUUCAAAUAUGUCCAAUUGAUGAAUGUAGUGAAGGAUGAGGAGAAACCGAAAAGCAAAGAGAAAAAGACAGGUAUUGAUGUGAUUAAAGGAGGAGAGGAAUCAGAGGAUGGUGAGGGUGGGGAAGAAGAUAAUGACAUGUAUGAUUCGUCUGAUGAUGAUGAGAAUGAUAAGUCCAAGGAGGCCUUUCAGGGUGACAAUGUAACUACAAGAGGGAAAUUCAAAAGGAAAGGUGCAACCUUUGAAGAGAAGAAUACUAGACGAAGUGCAGCAAGGAGUGCAAAUGGAAGAAGAGCUGAAAAAAAUGUGUAUAAGAGUUCAACUAGGGUGGCCUUUCAGGGUGAAAAUGUAACUACAAGAGGGGAAUUCAAAAGGAAAGGUGCAACCUUUGAAGAGAAGAAUCCUAGAAGAAGUUUAGCAAGGAGUGCAAAUGGAAGAAGAGCUGAAGAAAAUGUGUACAAGAGUUCAACUAGGUUUUCUGGGAGAACGAAUAUUCGAGGUGGCGAUAUGGAUAUUCCUAGAAGACCACCACAAAAGUUAGAUUUCUCAAGGAAUAGAGCUAGCUCUAAAACAGAAAGGACGCCAUAUAGGGGAAAUUCAGCAACUUGAGCAAGUAAAUCAUGGAUUAGGUUUGUUCUAUUACGACAAUUUAUGAACUAAUUACAGUGAGUUGUAUUCUAACUAUCAGCCAAAGAAAUCAUGGUGUUUAGUGCAAUUGUUUUAUAUAAAACAACUUAUGCUGUCACUUAUUGCAUAGUCUAACUCCAUUAUAGAGAUUGUAGUAUGACUUAAUAUC